AUGUUGCGUUCUUCUGUUUCCAGAGUGGCUCGUGUAACUCCUAUUAGAUACGCUAGCGUGCAAGCCAUUUCAAAAGCAGCUAUCAUUGAUUUAGAAUCCAGGUGGGAAUCUUUACCUGCUGUUGAGCAGAAUGAACUAGUUGCGAAAUUAAGUGAAAGGCAAAAGCUACCAUGGAGUCAACUAACCAAGACUGAGAUGCAAGCCGCUUGGUACAUAUCCUAUGGUUCAUGGGGUCCAAGAAGACCAAUCCACGCUAAGGGCGAUGCUGCUUUCAUUGCCAAGGGUGUUGCUGUUGGUUUGGCAUUUUCCGUAUCCGUAUUCCUACUAUGUAGAUAUCUUGGAAAAGAUAUGCCAAAAACCAUGACUAAAGAGUGGCAGUUGAAGUCUGAUGAAUACUUGAAAUCUAAGAACGCUAAUCCUUGGGGUGGUUACUCUCAAGUUCAAUCCAAAUAA